AUGGGUCAAAAAAAUACUAAAAAUAAAGUGACUGCGCAAGACCGCGCUAUACUUGACCUUAAAAUUCAACGAGAUAGAUUAAAGCAGUAUCAGAAAAAGAUACAACUUGUAAUAGACAAAGAGACAGAAAUAGCGAAAGCUGCAAUUCUUAAAGAAGAUAAAAGACGCGCGUUACUCGCUCUCAAGAAGAAAAAAUACCAACAACAGUUACUAGAUAAAUCCGACAAGCAACUAUUGAAUCUUGAAGAGCUGACGCAAUCAAUAGAAUUCGCUGUUGUUCAAAAAGAAGUGUUGGCAGGCUUGUCACGUGGAAAUGAGAUAUUGAACGAACUUAAUAAAGAAACAUCGCUUGAGAAAGUCGAAGCAUUGAUGGAAGAUACCGCGGAUGCCAUUGCUUAUCAAAAUGAAAUCGAAGAACUUUUAAGCAGUAAGAUAACAGAUGAAGACGAGGAGGAAAUUCAAAAAGAAUUGCAGAAAAUUGAAGAGGAACAGAUUCAACAACGAUUGAAUCUCCCUUCGGUUCCCACAAAUGAUCUUCCUGUAGUUGUGCAACCUAGUAAAGCAGAGCAAGUUGAUAACGAGGAGCCGAUUAAUGAGGAGGAUCCAGCUAAUAAAGAGAAACCAGGCAAAAAAUUGCAACUCAUAGAGGCCUAA